ACCAGGAAGUGAGGAGCCAUGGGCCGGAGAGCUGUGCUUCUGCUCAGCGAGCUGCUGCUGCUGCUGACAGCCUCACACACACUCCAUGCAGUCAGCUUCCCUGAAGACAAUACACCCCUCGAUGUCAUUGAUUCACACUAUUCACGGCAGUAUCCUGUGUUCAGAGGCAGGCCCUCUGGAAACGAGUCACAGCAUCGCCUUGACUUCCAGUUGAUGACCAAGAUACAGGACACCCUGUUCAUUGCUGGCAGAGACCAGGUGUACCUAGUGAGUCUGAGAGAAUCCUACAGGAAUGAGAUCAUUCCAUACAGGAAGUUGACAUGGCGAUCUGGCCAAGCAGAUAAAGAGAUGUGUGCUGUCAAGGGAAAACACAGAGACGAGUGCCACAACUUCAUUAAAGUGCUGGUGCCCAGAAAUGAUGAUCUGAUCUUCAUCUGCGGUACCAAUGGCUUCAACCCUAUGUGCAGAUACUACAGGCUUGAUAACUUGGAGUUUGAUGGGGAGGAGAUCAGUGGACUGGCACGAUGCCCAUUUGACUCUAAGCAGACCAAUGUUGCCCUUUUCGCCGAUGGGAAGCUGUACUCAGCUACAGUGGCAGACUUCCAGGCCAGUGACUCUGUCAUCUAUCGCAGUAUGGGGGACGGGUCAGCCCUCAGGACCAUCAAGUACGACUCCAAGUGGCUGAAAGAACCUCAUUUCCUGCAUGCAGUGGAAUAUGGGAAUUAUGUGUACUUUUUCUAUCGAGAGAUUGCUGUGGAGCACAACAGUCUGGGCAAGGCCGUAUACUCCCGUGUGGCGCGAAUCUGUAAGAAUGAUGUUGGCGGCUCUCAACGUGUGUUGGAGAAGCACUGGACAUCAUUUAUGAAGGCCAGGCUGAACUGCUCCGUCCCAGGGGAGUCCUUCUUCUACUUCGAUGUUCUUCAGUCCGUCACAGACAUCAUCGACAUCAACGGAGAGCCCUCCGUGGUGGGCGUGUUCACCACGCAGAUGAACAGUAUCCCAGGGUCAGCUGUGUGUGCCUUCACCAUGGCCGACAUUGAGAAGGUGUUUCGUGGCCGAUUCAAGGAGCAGAAGACCCCUGAUUCUGUGUGGACCCCCUACCCAGAGGAGAAGUUGCCUAAGCCCAGGCCUGGGUGCUGUGCAGGUCAUGGUCAGGCUGAGUCCUAUAAGAGCUCCAUUGAGUUCCCCGAUGACACCCUGCAAUUCAUCAAGUCCCACCCCCUCAUGGAUACAGCUGUGCCUUCCAUAGGGGAUGAGCCCUGGUUUACUAAGACCCGUGUCAGGUACAGACUAACAGCUCUCGCAGUGGACAAUUCAGCAGGGCCCCAUAGGAACUACACAGUGGUGUUCAUUGGCUCUGAGGCCGGGGUGGUCCUCAAGGUGCUGGCCAAGACCUCCGCAGUGUCCCUCAAUGAUAGCUUGCUGCUGGAGGAGAUAGACAUCUUCAACAGGGCCAAGUGCCUGUCUGGUCAUGAGGAUGACAAGAAAGUCCUCUCCCUGCAUGUAGACAAAGACACACACAGUCUUUACAUCGCCUUCUCCAGCUGUGUCAUUCGCAUUCCCCUUAGCCGCUGUGAAAGACAUUCCUCCUGCCACAAGUCUUGCAUAGCAUCAAGGGACCCCUACUGUGGAUGGAAGUCUCAUGGUGCCUGUGAGAGGACACAGCCUGGUGUUCUGACUGGAUAUGAGCAGGACGUUCAGUCUGGAAACACUGCCCACCUGGGAGACUGUCAUGCAUUUUUGGCUACUACAUCAGCGCCAGAUUACAAAUCAUUUGGUGACCCAACCUCUGACAUGGAGUUUUCAUCAGCACCAGUCACUGGCCAGCCCAGUGGGCCCAUACACCCCCCAGUACUCAUUCCCACUCAGAGCCCAGGCUCUGGGCCUGGUCCAGAGCUCUACGGCUCAGGCUUUGUGCAGCAGGAUGAUCCAGCCACCUCCCAUUCUUUAGACUCUCUCCCAGGGGGGCAAGAGGGUGUGUGGGAGAUCCAGGCAAGUGAAGCCAACCAGAUGGUCCACAUGAAUAUCCUUAUCACCUCUGUGUUUGCUGCCUUCCUCCUUGGUGCUUUGCUCGCUGGACUGGUGGUCUUCUGUUACAGAGACUCCUUCCUCCGCAAACCAAGACAUGUCCACAAGGAUGUAGAGUCUGCCCCGUCUUGCUCCGACUCUACUGGAAGUUUUGCCAAGCUCAAUGGCCUUUUUGACAGCCCUGUGAAGGAGUACCAGCCCAACAUUGACUCUCCCAAGCUGUACACUAACCUGUUAAGCAACGGCAAGGACCUUAACACACCCAACAGUGACACCAAGACAAUGAUCCUGCGGGAUGGCUGUCAGCCACCUGAGCUGGCUGCGCUUCCUACACCUGAGUCCACCCCUGUCCUGCAGCAGAAAGGCUUGCAGCCCAUCAAGAACCAGUGGGAGAGGGCUCAUGGGAAGGUCAGUGGCUCCCGCAAAGAAUCCAACGCAUCGUCCAAGAGCCCUCAGUUCCUCCCUUCCUCCCCUCCUCCUCCUCACUCCAACUCACACCACCCUCACCUUGCUUUGGGACACUCCCACAUCCCAAGUGCAGUUGUCCUGCCCAAUGCUACUCAUGAUCACAACCACGACAACGGAGAUGAUACAUUGCCACGAUCCUCUGACAAGAAGCUCAAGAACACUGAUUCCAAAGGAAGCAGGAAGGAGCAGAAGAGGUCUGUGGAUGCUCGAAAUACAUUGAACGAUCUUUUGAAACAUCUCAAUGACCCCGGAGCCAACCCCAAGGCUAUCCUUCAAGAGGGAUCGGGGCCUCGGCCAAGGCAACACCUGAUGCUGGAGCCCAUGGAGGCCCUGAACGAAGUGCCCCCCAAAGUUCCCAGUCGAGAAGCCUCCCUGUACUCUCCCUCCUCCUCCUUGCCCAGACACAGCCCAACUAAGAGGGUAGAUGUGCCCAUGCCUAGCACCCCUACCACUCCAACGGGCAGCCUGAGCAUGGGGGGAACCCUGGAGAGGCAAAGAGGGGGGUACCACCUCCACCGGAGUGCCUCCCAGAGGCACUCUCUCUCCACCUCGCCCAACGGGGUGACCAUGGGGGUUUCUGUGUCUCGCCAACACAGUAUGAACAGAGGGGGCUACAUGCCUCCAACACCCCCUUCCAGACUGGACUCCCAUGGUGGGGCAGUAGGGGCAGGAAUGCACUCACCCCACCCCCCCUCCAUAUCGAGACAAAGCAGCUACAGCGGGCAUGGCUCGCUCCCCCGUACAGGGGUGAAACGGACCCCAUCCAUAAAGCCGGACGUGCCCCCUAAACCUAAUGGGUUUUCACCACAGACUUCACAGAUGAGAGUGGUCAACAAGUUCAGCUAUUAA